AUGUCGAUGGCUCAAAAACAAGACCUAGUAAUUUUUAGCGACCAUUCUGUUUUAAGCAGAGAACUUUUUAGUAAGGACUUGCAUCACGUCUUGUUCGUGACCCACAAGCUAGGUACGUCUCCUUCCUGGUUGAUAAACGCUCUGGUGGAGACACAGGUUCUUGGCUUUCCUGCUACACUCAAUGAGUCACAUGCAGCUGCAGUGAAUCGAGCUUCAAAUAGAAAGAUCACUGAUUCGAAAUGCGCGACAGUGGCCUCUUUUAUUCACAAUCGUGGCUUCUUCACAUCGGCUCUGAAAAAGCUGAAGGUCGACGCUGAAUGCUACAACAUCAUUGACUAUAUGACGGACUUCGUGCUAAAAAACUAUGGAAAGCCUGCCAGCAAAGUGCUCAGUUCGUUGCUUGAAGAACUGUCUAACGAGAGCGCGACAUCUGAAUUGCUGAUCCUGGAGCAGCCUGAGCUGCUUGUGCAUCUGCUCAACAUCACUAGCGAUCAGCUCCACCUAGAACUGAUCAAUCCCUUAAUAAAAAAAUUUCCCCUGCUGGUGGUCGUGAGCUACACUGAAGCCUAUGAGAACGUUCCUUCCGAUUCCAAUGAGAAACUGUCUUCAGAUAUGAUAGAGCAGAUAAGAUUUUGCAAUAGUUGUUUCUUCAAAAGCGCUGCUGUGCUAGGGCUGAAGCCUUUGGCUACGGGCCAUGCAAGUGACGUAAGUGGUACAUUGACUAUAACGAGGGGUGGCGCGUCACUGUCUCACCUUGCAGUACAUGUUGUUGAAAACGAGUACCUAUUCCUUACACAAAAGGAUACCACAAAGUUAUUUUAUCGUUAA